AUUUGGGUGGUGAGCCAAGACGGCGGUUGCCGCUGCCAACUACGCUACUCUAGGCACCCUAAGUAGAGUCCCGACGCUGGUCAACUACUUCACAGAUACACGAACGUCAUCCCCCCUCCGCCCACCCCACCGCCAACAACCCCACAAUGUCGACCAUCGCCCCUCUCGCUGCGCAAACGCUCGCGCAGGACACACACAUCAUCUACGAUCCCGGGCACGGCGACAUCGCGCCGUCGACGUCUGCCGACAGCAAGAUCCCGCUGCGCCGUUCGCACCACAACAACGACGACAUUGACGACGAUGACGACCGCCACUCGAUCUCGUCGUCGAUCCUCAACUACCACGACGAGCGGCCGGCACGACGGCCGCUGCCGCCGCUGCCAGACCUGAGGUUCGAGCAGAGCUACAUGGCCAGCAUUGCGCCGGCCCAGGGCGUCUGGUGGAAGGUCGCCUUGAUCACCAUGAAGGAUCAGGUGCUCAUGCCGCUGCUCCAGGGCCUGGGCUUCAAUCUGGCGCUGUUCGGGUGGCGAUGGUGGAAUAGGGGCGUGAAAUUUAGCGGCGCGGGAGUGGGCGCCAAGGUGAGGAGAUGGUGGUGGGAGGUCAACAACUGGAAGCUUCCUACCGAGGCGCGGUAGAUAUGGCAGCAGCAGUAUUCUCGCAGUAUCCAUUUACCUAUCGUUCUGGCGUUCUUUUUGUUUUGAAUUGACCUACGCCCGCUCCUUAUUCCACCCCACACAAUCCUCAAACUUUACCUUAUCCCCGCCAAAAAUAUCGAGCGCACUGCCAUACGUAAGGUCCACCUUUCCCCCACUGAGCUCCUCCACCGUCGCCAGAUCCUGAAUGCUAUACGCCCCGCCCGCAUACGUCACCGGGAUCGUCGCCCACUCCCCCAGCGCCUUGACCAGAUCCUCGUCGAUGCCGCGACAUAGCCCCUCCACGUCGGCAGCGUGCACGAGGAAUUCGCUGCAGUAGGCGGAGAGUCGGUCGAGGGUUUCUACCACACACGGGCACGUCAAUAAUUGUCGGAGGGUGGCAGGGAGGGCGGGAGAGGGGAGAAGGAAAGCCCCUACCUUUGUUAACCUCCAAAUCCGUA